AUGCACCAGAAAUGCACAGAAAAUGCAUCUGAAACACAGAGAAAGUUUGAGAAACCAGAGAAAAAAAUUGAAAUGAAAUCUUCUGAAAUAAAGAAAGAGACACCAGAAAAGAAGCCAGAAAAAGUUUCUGUGGAACCCAAAAAAGAGACUCCAAAGAUAAAACCUGAAAAGGUAUCCGCAGAACCCAAGAAAGAGACACCAGAGAAGAAAUUAGAAAAAGUACCCGUAGAACCCAAAAAGGAGACACUAGAGAAGAAAUUAGAAAAGGUAUCUGUGGAACCCAAAAAAGAGAUUCCAGAGAAGAAACCUGAAAAAGUAUCUGCAGAACCCAAGCAAGAGAUACCUGAGAAGAAAUUAGAAAAGGUAUCUGUGGAACCCAAAAAAGAGACACCAGAGAGGAAGCCAGAAAAGGUAUCUGUGGAACCCAGAAAAGAGACUCCAGAGAAGAAACCAGAAAAAGUAUCUGCAGAACCCAAGAAAGAGACACCAGAGAGGAAACCAGAAAAAGUAUCUGUGGAACCCACAAAAGAGACUCCAGAGAAGAAACCAGAAAAAGUAUCUGCAGAACCUAAGAAAGAGAUACCAGAGAAGAAAGUAGAAAGGGUAUCUGUGGAACCCAAAAAAGAGACACCAGAGAAGAAAUUAGAAAAAGAAGAACCCAAAAAAGAGACACUAGAGAAGAAACUAGAACGGGUAUCUGUGGCACCCAAAAAAGAGACUCCAGAGAAAAAACCUGAAAAAAUAUCUGUAGAACCCAAAAAAGGUAAUCACUUAUCAGUACUGAUUUUGUAAAUUGUAAAGGGUUGUUAUAAUAUUAGUGCGUCAAAUGCAGAAAGAUAUU